AUGGCCAAGCUUCCAAUGCUACGAGCGAGGCUACUGCUGCUUCUAUUUCUUACCCACUUUGUGCUGCAAUUGCAAUGCUCCAAUGGGCUCCAGACUGAACCAAAACAAAUAUACAUUAUCUACCUUGGUGAGCGAGAGCAUGACGACGUUGACCUUGUCACUGCUUCACACCACGACCUGCUUGCUUCCAUUGUCGGCAGCAAGGAGGAAGCUCUAGAGUCAAUUAUCUAUAGUUACAGGCAUGGAUUCUCCGGAUUUUCUGCAUUGCUAACAAAAUCACAAUCUAGAAAGAUUGCAGCUCUGCCAGGCGUGGUUAGUGUAACAAAAAACCAAUUCUACCGCACACAUACAACUCGAAGCUGGGACUUUGUCAGACUGGACUACAAUCAGCCAAAUGGAUUGCUUACAAAAGCUAAAAAUGGAGAGGACAUCAUUGUCGGUGUCAUUGACACAGGUAUUUGGCCUGAAUCGUUAAGCUUUGCUGAAGAUGGUUAUGGCCCCCCUCCUCCAAAAUGGAAGGGGAUUUGCCAAGCUGGUGCCUCGUUUGGCCCAAACAACUGCAAUCGAAAGCUCAUAGGUGCACGGUGGUAUGCUGCUGAUGACAUUGACAAAAGCCUACUGGAUGGUGAGUUCUUGUCUCCCAGGGAUGCCAAUGGCCAUGGAACCCACACUGCCUCAACAGCUGCUGGCAACCUUGUCCACAACGUUAGCUUUAAUGGGUUAGCGCGCGGCAUGGCGCGUGGUGGUGCUCCUCGUGCCAGGCUGGCUGUGUACAAGGCCUGCUGGGGUGCAUUUCCAACUCAUGGCUCAUGCAGUGGCGCGGGUAUCAUGAAAGCCAUAGACGAUGCCAUUCACGAUGGUGUUGAUGUAUUAUCUCUGUCUAUUGGGGGGCCAUCAGAGUAUCCUGGCACAUUGCACGCCGUCGCGAAUGGCAUCACAGUUGUUUUCUCAGCUGGAAACGAUGGUCCUGUCACCCAGACGGUGGAGAAUGUGUCGCCGUGGCUGCUAACAGUUGCAGCAACAACUGUUGAUCGCUUAUUUCCCACUGUUAUCACCCUUGGCAACAACCAAAGGCUUGUGGGUCAAUCUUUGUUUGUGGCAACAGAAGGGGCAGAUCAUUUCUAUGAAGUUCUAGCUUAUGAUGCUCAAACGUGUGACCCUGCCUACAUAAACAGCACAGAUGUAAAGGGAAAGAUCAUCUUCUGCAUCACACCUAGCAAGAUGUCUCCACCGCCAAAAUUGUCUGAUAUUAUUUCAAUACUGCUUAAAAAUGGAGGGAAAGGGCUCAUAUUUUCACAAUAUAACAUGGAUGGUCUUGAUCAGUGGCAAUACUACAGCACGAGGAUUCCUUUCAUUGCUGUUGAUUUGGAGAUCGCCAACCAGAUGUUGCAAUACCUGAAAACAACAAGUGAUACUCCUAAAGCAAAGAUAUCUUUGACCCAAACAACUAUUGGAAGUGGAGUUCCUGCCCCAAAGGUAGCAGCGUUUUCAUCUAGAGGGCCUAGCCCCGUCUAUCCUGGGGUUCUUAAGCCUGAUAUAGCUGCACCUGGGGUGACCAUUUUGGCAGCUGCCCCACAAAUACCUAUUUACAAAGCUCUGGGUGUUCACUACUAUUUUUCUUCUGGAACAUCCAUGUCUUGCCCUCAUGUGUCUGGGAUUGUCGCCUUGCUUAAAUCAGUGCAUCCUGAGUGGUCACCUGCUGCCCUGAAAUCGGCACUCAUGACAACUGCACUUAGCACUGACAACAAUGGGCUCCCAAUAAAAGCAGAUGGAACUCCAGUAAAAAUUGCCGACCCUUUCGAUUACGGUGCAGGGUUUGUGAACCCAAGCAAGGCCGACGAUCCAGGUCUUAUCUAUGACAUUGAUCCAUCAGAUUAUCUCAGGUUCUUCCAAUGCGCAGGAGGACUGGGUGUCAACAACAACUGCACGACUCCUAAGGCAUCUGUAGCAGACCUCAACCUUCCAUCGAUCGCGAUCCCUAAUCUCAAGGCAUCCGAGACUGUCAUGCGCACUGUCACCAAUGUUGGCCAGCCUGAUGCAGUGUACAAAGCAUUCUUCCAGCCGCCUCCUGGUGUGGAGAUGUCCGUCGAGCCAUCAGUUCUGGUGUUCAGCAAGGAGAGAAGGGUUCAGAGUUUCAAGGUGGUGUUCAAGGCGAUGCGGUGGAUUCAGGGUGACUACACGUUUGGCAGCUUAGCAUGGCACGAUGGAGGCAGCCACUGGGUUCGGAUCCCGAUCGCGGUCCGCAUCAUAAUUGAGGACUUCUAUUCGACCGUCUCCUAA